GUUCUUCUUCUUCUUAUAACGCAAGAAAGAAAAGGGUGAAAUCGAAACCUGAAAAGGCCUCACUCGGUUCAUCCGCCUCCGCCUCUCUCCCCCGCAGCGCACACCGCCGGCGACGCCAUGGCCAUGAAGCUGGACAUGUCAGCGCUCGAGACCAACUUCGCCGUCCCCUGCGGCGACGACGGCGAUGGCAUGUACUUCUCCGCGGAGGCCCCCGACGUGCCGUCCAUGGUGCUCCCCACCUGCGCCGACUUCGACGGGUUCCAGGCGGCGACCAAGGAUAUGGUGAAGAAUAAGAAGGGGACGACCACGCUCGCCUUCAUCUUCGACAAGGGCGUCAUCGUCGCCGCUGACUCCAGGGCCAGCAUGGGCGGCUACAUAUCUUCGCAAACUGUGAGGAAAAUUAUUGAAAUAAAUCCCUACAUGCUGGGAACGAUGGCUGGAGGCGCCGCAGAUUGCCAAUUUUGGCAUAGGAACCUUGGAAACAAGUGCCGGCUCCAUGAGCUUUCAAACAAGCGAAGGAUCUCUAUUGCUGGUGCUUCCAAACUGUUGGCCAAUAUCCUUUAUUCAUAUCGCGGGAUGGGACUGUCAAUCGGUACAAUGAUUGCUGGAUGGGAUGAGAAGGGUCCUGGCUUGUACUAUGUUGACAGUGAGGGUGCAAGGCUAGUGGGAAACAGGUUCUCUGUUGGCUCUGGUUCCCUCUAUGCUUAUGGUAUCUUGGACGAAGGUUACCGCUUCAACAUGUCCGUCGAGGAAGCUGGUGAGUUAGCACGACGGGCUAUUUAUGGGGCAACAUUCCGUGAUGCAGCAAGUGGUGGUUGUGUUAGCGUUUAUCACGUUGGCCCUGAUGGUUGGAAGAAGCUUUCUGGAGAUGAUGUCGGGGAGCUGCACUACCACUACUACCCUGUUCAGAAAACACCGGUUGAACAGGAAAUGACCGACGCACCUAGUGCUUCUGCUUAAACCCAGAACACCCGAGUGGAGGCGCAUGUAUCCAGGGAAACCGUGAAUUGUCAAAGCGUCUUGUUUAUGAACUUGGACAUGUUUGUCUCACAAUGUUAGAUCACUUUUGUGUUCUGUUGAUGUUUGAGCUGACUUUGCGCAACUAUUAAAUUCUUGACCUGAUAUAGAUGUUUUCUUUGAGGUUUCGUUUGUGCC